UUCUCUUCGCUUGUCUCAGUCUUCGUUUGAUUUUGAAACAGUCAACAUCUGGCAGUUCGACAUGGCUCAGGAUCCGCAAGCACUUUACUUUGCCGUCGGUCCCGGUCCCAACGAGAUCACCUGUCCUUAUUGCAGGGUUAAGGCAAAGACCCGUGUGGUGCGAUCCUGGCUGCGUUGUUGCACCAAGAGACACCACUGUGGGGCCUGCGGGGAGUACCUGGGCGUAUAUCGCCGUCCACAACUGUAGACCAUCCCCAAAGAUGUAAUCCAAUCUAUUUAUUAUCACAAGGAACAAAUUACUACGAAAUACCGUGCAUUUUAUUUUGGUUUCAUACGUUGAUGUUAUUGUAAAUAAUAAAAACUAUUU